UGAUAGUUUGGCAGAGGGGAGCCGGUACUGUCAGAUCGAAGUACAUGCUUAAUUAAUUUGUUUUCUAUUUAUUAAGGCGUCAGUGUGUUAUGUUUAUUUAAGUUAUUCGAUUGUUUUUGUUUUGUAUCCUUACACAAAAAUGUUUAAUUCAAUAGCAAAACAUGCUAUUAUAUGCACCAAACAACUAUCUAUUUCAUCACAUAUCAGGUGUUUCACUCGAAGCACUGUAGUAUUAAAAGAUUCAGAUGCCAACAACAAUGAGGGUUGGUUGAAAAAAUUACUCGUCAGACGGAUAGAACCUACUAAAGAACAACAUUCCCGUAUGCUGUCUGACAAGGAAGUUGUUUAUGAAUUACAGACACAUAAUGUUCGACCAGACUCUGUAGACGGUUAUAUCAAAAAUUACGAAAAAGUGGUAGAAUUAUGUAAAAAAACGUCGGGUAUAAAAUAUGAAUUAGUCGGUUCGUGGUCGGUUCAUGUUGGUGAUCUCGAUCAAUAUGUUCAUUUGUGGAAGUACAAAGGAGGUUAUGCUGCGAUAGACAAAACCAAAGAAAUUCUUUUUUGUAACAAAGAAUUUGAAAAACUACGUAGAGAAUGUGGUGGGUAUUUACGAUCAAGACAUUUGCAGUAUAUGUUAGCUUUCAGUUUUUGGCCUGCGAUUGAACUAAAAUCUGGCUCCAACAUAUACGAAAUUCGUAGUUACAGUUUAAAACCAGGAACAAUGAUUGAAUGGGGCAAUAAUUGGGCACGAGCUAUAAAUCAUCGUCGAUCAAACGAUGAGCCAUUUGCUGGCUUUUUUUCUCAAGUUGGCCGACUUUAUAAUGUUCAUCAUUUUUGGUGCUAUAAAAAUUUAGAAGUUCGUACUCAAACUAGAGAAGCGGCCUGGAGGUCACCUGGAUGGGACGAAUGCGUCGCUUAUACAGUACCGUUAAUCAAAGAAAUGCAGUCAAAAAUAUUACAUCCUACCCCGUUUUCACCAACUCAGUGAUAUCACAUUAUAAUAUUUAUUUCAUUUUAUAUUCUAUUAAAUUAUGUUAUUUUAUGGUUCAUUCAAAUCCUAAUUCGCUAUAUUAUUGAAUACUAGGUCAUUUUGGUAAAUUAUAACAUUAAAUUAUGAAUGAGAAUAUAA